AUGACUGAAGAAAAAGAAUUCUGCCACCUGCAAGCGCGGCCACCCACCCCUCUCGAGCUGCACCCAUCCCAACGUGUCGACCAGGAUAAAGGAGUGCAUAUUCGGGAUGGAGUGGUUACGCAACAAAGCCCUACUGCAGUCCCGUACCAUAGCGCUCGUUGCUGGAGUUUCCAAAGAAAGAUGUUGGUAUCGGUGGGUGCUAUUUUGUCUUUCUUGGUAAUCACACUGGCGACUUCAAUCUAUAUUGCGAGCAUCCCUGGAAUCAUGGUCGAGUUUAAUGUCGGACGAACGCUGGCCAUAUCACCGGUCACAUUCUACGCAAUGGGCUUCAUAUUUGGCCCUAUGUGCACCUCUGCUUUAUCAGAGGAAUUUGGAAGGGAGUGGAUCUAUAAGAUCUCGCUGUUACUCCACCUAAUCUUCACGGUCGUGGCAGGUUCUGCAAAAAACUUUGCCACGAUUGCCGUGUGCCGCGCGAUUUCAGGUCUUGUGGGCUCUCCAUCGGUUACAGUCUUUGCAGGAGUUCUCAAUGACCUGUGGAAAAUGCCCGAGGACAAAUUCGCAGUUCCCCUCUUUGUACUCUAUGGACUAGGUGGAGCUGUUGCCCCAGAACUUGGUCCUGUGAUCGGCGAGGCCAUCGUGGCUUCCCAUGGCUGGCGAAGUACCUUCUGGCUGACAGCCAUUCUCGUGGGGACUUGCCUGGUUUCCAUGAUGUUUGUGCCGGAGACGUUUGAGCCCGAGAUCAAACGGAAGACGAUGAACCUUCCGCGCGACGAUUGGCGCAAGGUUUUUGUCGCAGCAUUUGCGCGACCCAUUCGUAUGCUUACGGUGGAGCGCAUAAUCUUCCCUACUGCAUUUGUCGUGACAAUGAGUCAAGUCGUUCUUUUUAUACUCUACGCGGGAUACCCGAUAGUGUUGCAGAGAACUUAUCAAUUUUCGUCUUACCAAGUGGGAUUGGCAUUCUUGCCGCUUUUCGUGGGAUCUUUGCUGGCAGCACCUGUGCUGUCAUUCCUGGAUCGACGUAAACGUGCACUCAAUAAUGCCACUCCGGAAGAUAGCCUUAAUGGGGCUUUUCUGGCGGCCCUUCUUCUUCCAGCUAGUCUACUCUGGUAA